GCGAUGCUGCUGCGCCUGCUGCUGGCCUGGGCCGCCACCGUGCCCGCGCUGGGCCAGGCCCCCUGGGCCACCGAGCCCCGAGCCGCCUGCAGCCCCAGCAGCUGCUACGCCCUCUUCCCCCGACGCCGCACCUUUCUGGAGGCCUGGCGGGCGUGCCGUGAGCUGGGGGGUGACCUGGCCACUCCGCGGACACCCGAAGAAGCCCAGCGUGUGGACAGUUUGGUGGGUGCCGGCCCGACCAGUGGACUGCUGUGGAUUGGGCUGCAGAGGCAGGCACGCCAAUGCCAGCCGCAGCGCCCACUGCGAGGUUUCACAUGGACCACGGGAGACCAGGACACGGCCUUCACCAAUUGGGCCCAGCCAGCGACCGGAGGGCCCUGCCCGGCCCAGCGCUGUGCUGCUCUUGAGGCCAGCGGUGAGCAUCGCUGGCUUGAGGGCUCCUGCACGCUGGCUGUUGAUGGUUACCUGUGCCAGUUCGGCUUCGAGGGCGCCUGCCGAGCAUUACCAGAUGAGGUGGGCCAGGCUGGCCCAGCAGUCUACACGACACCCUUCCACCUGGUCUCUACAGAGUUGGAGUGGCUGCCCUUUGGCUCCGUGGCUGCUGUGCAGUGCCAAGCUGGCAGAGGAGCCUCUCUGCUCUGCGUGAAGCAGCCUUCAGGUGGGGUGGGCUGGUCCCAGGCUGGACCUCUGUGCCCAGGGACUGGCUGUGGUCCAGACAAUGGGGGCUGUGAACACGAGUGUGUGGAGGAGGUUGAUGGUCAUGUGUCCUGCCGCUGCACUGAGGGCUUCCGACUGGCCGCAGAUGGACACAGUUGUGAGGACCCCUGUGCUCAGGCCCCGUGUGAGCAGCAGUGUGAGCCUGGUGGGCCACAAGGCUACAGCUGCCACUGUCGCCUGGGCUUCCGGCCAGCUGAGGAUGAGCCACACCGCUGCGUGGACACGGAUGAGUGCCAGAUCGCCGGUGUGUGCCAGCAGAUGUGUGUCAACUACGUUGGUGGCUUUGAGUGCUAUUGCAGCGAGGGUCAUGAGCUUGAGGCAGAUGGCAUCAGCUGUAGCCCUGCAGGGGCCAUGGGUGCCCGAGCUUCCCAGGACCUUGGAGAUGAGUUGCUGGAUGAUGGGGAGGAAGGAGAAGAUGAAGAGGAGGCCUGGGAGGUCUUCGAUGGUGGUUGGACAGAGGAGCCUGGAAUCCUGUGGAUGGAGCCUACACAGCCCCCUGACUUUCGCCUGGCCUAUCGACCCAGCUUCCCAGAGGACAGAGAGCCGAGGAGACCCUACCCGGAGCCCACAUGGCCACCCCCACUCAGUGCCCCCAGGGUCCCCUCAGUGCUCUCUGCCACUGGACCUGUGGUGGUCUCUGCCACACGCCCUACACUGCCUUCUGCCCACCAGACCCCUAUUAUCUCUGCCACCCUGAACCCUGCCCACCAGCCCCCCAUGGUCCCUGCCAUGCACCCAGCUGUGCUCCCUGACCGCCAGAUCCCCAGGAUCGAGGUUAGCUAUCCAGAUCUGCCCCCUGUCCACCAGCCUCCCAUUAUCUCAGCCAGAUAUCCCAAACUGUCCCCUGCCCACCAGCCCCCCAUGUUUCCAGAUACCCAGGCCACCACUCAUCUGCCUCGAAUCCCAGCUAACACUGCCCCUCAGGGCACCAUCUCUAGUGCCCGUCAAGUCCCUAUGGCCCCAAAUGUCCCAGCCUUCAAAAGCCAGGCCCCCCACCUUUCCAUUAUCUCCACUGUCCAGCCCCCUCUGCCCACCACUUCCAGGUCCCCUGUGACUGCUGUCCAUCACAAACUUAGACCUGCUGCUUCCCAGCCUCCAGACCUCCCUACUCCCCUGCCUCCUCAGAGUUCAGCUAACCAGACCUUCCGCAUCAGCACUACCCAGUCCCAUUCCAAAGCCCCCCAAGUCCCAAGGCAAGGAGGCUCUGGUCCCAAGUUGGCCCCAUGGCUGCCCUCAGUGGCCCCUACAGCAGCUCCAACAGCCCUGGCAGAGGCUGGUCUGGCAGGUCGAAGCCAGAGGGAUGACCGGUGGCUGCUGGUGGCACUCCUGGUGCCAACAUGUGUCUUCUUGGUGGUCCUACUUGCGCUGGGCAUUGUGUACUGCACCCGCUGUGGCCCCCAUGCAUCCAACAAGCGCAUCACUGACUGCUAUCGCUGGGUCACUCAUGCUGGGAGCAAGGGCCCCACGGAACCCAUGCCCCCCAGGGGCAGCCUGACAGGGGUACAGACCUGCAGAACCAGUGUGUGAUGCAGGCACAGAUUCCCCCUGCGGGGUCGGGGGAAGGGACAUGCGCUGGACACAUGGCUGAGGCUGCGCCAGGGAUCCGUGGGGGCUGCCCAGCUGGACAGAGAGAUUCCGCUCCCAGGGCCCAGCACUCAUGGCAGAGGAUAUGCCAAGUUCCCCAGGACCUCAGGGGUGGGUGUUGGGGUCUUCUCCAAUAAAUGGGGUGCCAACC